CCGGGCGGCGGGGAGGCGGUGGCUGCGGCGGAGACGCCGAGUUUGCAGAGCCCCUACUAGCAGUCCAGCAGGCUAGAAAGAUGUCAAGGAAUCAUCUUUUCCACUUGACAGAUGGGGUAACCAAGACCCACUGUGAGGAAGUGACUUUUACCUGAGACACUGGCCAGGGCAGAGAUCAAAUGCCUGGAACUUGCAUUUUUGGACCUGCCACCAGGACCUAGGGAUUUUCACCCACACCAAGAAUUCCAGGCUGCUCGGAGGUCCCAGGGAAAGCAGACAAGUCACCAGCUGUGGCUCCCUACCAGUGUCCCCUGGGGAGGAGCUUGGAGGAAGUCAGGGGCAGCCUGAGGUUCUCUGACAGGGGAACUCUGACUGUGGUUCCUGAAAGUCUGUGACAGGACCGUUUUUCUCUCUGACUUGUCCUCUUGCUCUCUGUCACUCUAAAGAAUGACUGGACACUCCUAGAGCCUUCAGUCGGCAUCCAGGGGGUUUUUUCCACCACAAAGGGUAAUUCCUGCCCCAUCCCUGCUGUGAUUCAGCUGUGACGUUGACCCACACAAGUCAGCGAGAAGAUAAAGUCAUCAGACUCCUGCUCACCGGAGAGGGUGGCCUUCACCAGAACUCACCUCUUCUCUCGGCGCAGACUCCACGGGCCUGAGCUCAGGCAGGCCCCAGCCAGCCUGGGACCCCAGGAUGGCCUCUGGCUCAGCCAGCAGCCCUCGCCCAGCCCCUGAUGAGAACGAGUUUCCCUUUGGGUGCCCCCCCACCGUCUGCCAGGACCCAUCAGAGCCCAGGGCCCUCUGCUGCACCGCCUGUCUCUCUGAGAACUUGAGAAACAGCGAGGAUCGGAUCUGUCCCAAAUGCAGAGGAGACAACCCCCAAUCUGUAAGCCCAGGAAGCCUCAUGUCUCAGGAUAAGGAUCACUCUGAGGGGGCUGCAGAUGGAGUCGGGUGCCCCUUUGCAGGUGUUGGCUGCUCCUUCAAGGGGAGUGCAAAGUUCAUGCAGGAGCAUGAGGUCACCUCUCAGGCCACCCAUCUAACCCUGCUGUUGGAGUUCAUAAAACAGUGGAAGGCCCAGCUGGGCUCAGGCCUGGGGUCAGGGCCCAUGGCCCUGGAGCGGAACCUGUCAGACCUGCAGCUGCAGGCAGCCGUGGAGGUGGCUGGGGACCUGGAGGUGGACUGCUACCGGGCACCCUGUGCUGAGAGCCAGGAGGAGUCGACCCUGCAGCACUUCAUGAAGGAGAAGCUCCUGGCUGACCUGGAGGGGAAGCUGCGUGUGUUUGAGAAUAUUGUCGCCGUCCUCAACAAGGAGGUGGAGGCCUCCCACCUGGCCCUGGCUGCCUCCAUCCACCAGAGCCAGCUGGACCGCGAGCUCAUCCUGAGCUUGGAACAGAGGGUGGUGGACUUACAUCAGACACUGGCCCAGAAAGACCAGGCCCUGGGCAAGCUGGAGCAGAGCCUGCGCCUCAUGGAGGAGGCCUCCUUCGAUGGCACCUUCCUGUGGAAGAUCACCAACGUCACCAGGCGGUGCCACGAGUCGGCCUGCGGCAGGACCGUCAGCCUCUUCUCCCCAGCUUUCUACACUGCCAAGUAUGGCUACAAGCUGUGCCUGAGGCUCUACUUGAAUGGGGACGGGACAGGAAAGAGGACCCACCUGUCGCUCUUCAUCGUGAUAAUGAAGGGGGAGUACGAUGCUCUGCUGCCGUGGCCUUUCCGGAACAAGGUCACCUUCAUGCUCCUGGACCAGAACAACCGUGAGCACGCCAUUGAUGCCUUCCGGCCUGACCUGAGCUCAGCGUCCUUCCAGCGUCCCCAGAGUGAGACCAACGUGGCCAGCGGCUGCCCACUCUUCUUCCCUCUGAGCAGGCUGCAGUCGCCCAAGCACGCCUACGUGAAGGACGACACCAUGUUCCUCAAGUGCAUCGUGGAGACAAGUGCUUAGGGCCCUGGGGACGAGCAGCUGCACCUGUGCCCUGAGGGCGCGCCACCCCAGAUGAGAGGAGGCCCUGCCCUGGGUGUCCAAGAUCCCAAGGCACAGUGACGGGCUGGGGCUGGCGUGCUCUGAGCAGGGCUGACAGAUUGACUGUGGCGGCCAUCAGCUUAGGGUGGCAGGACCUUGGGCUGGGCCCACACAGGCAGAGGAUCCAGAAGGAGGUGGCGGCAGAAUUGUUCUCUCUGCACCGAUCACGUGGCACUGGAGGCCUGGCCACCCCUCCAGCCCUGAGUAUUGAGAUAGACUGACCAGGAUGGGAGGGAAUGGGGAUCAGACCUGGGACAUGGAUGGCCCCCUGGAGAUAAAGGACCGGAGCCUGGGAAGGUCGCAGCAGGGCCACCAUGGAGAGCUGGAAACUGGCUUGCUGUGUUCCUUCCCAGGAUCAGAACCAAAGGGUGAGAGCGUCAGGUUGUCAGUGCGAAUUCAGUCAGUCCAGGCAGGCACUGAGUUCUCCAUCACUGGAGGUGAACAAGCAAAGCCAGAGGGCUACACUGGAAUGGGAGAAGGCAUCAGAUCGGGGGUUGGAUUUUGAGACCUUCAAGGUUCCUUCCAGCCCAGGCCUCCUGGCCCGAGUGAGGCCUCUGGCUACAGGGGUUCUGGAAACAUUCCGGAGCCUCGUCCCCCAGGUUCCUCACUCACCUUCAGAACCCUGGUGGCUGAGCUGGCCCACACAGCACCUGCCUCGCACACACAGGCCCCGCACCCUAGGCCUCCCUUCACCUCCUCCAGGUGAAACAAGGUCACUGAGGUCCCAGGAGCAGCCAGAAGGAGCGUGAAGAAGGAGAGAGGCACUAACUCCCCCUCCCACCUGGGGGCCCACCUUCCAUGCCUCCCAGAAUCCCAUGUCACCUGAUUAACCUAGUCAUUCCCUUUUCUCCUUGACGGGCCAGGGUCUCUGAGCCACUAGUAGA